UGGAUAUUUCAUCGACACUUGCUCUCGGAUCGAGUGUUACUUGGAGAUAAGGAAACAGGUCUACGAAUCCCAGCAUAAACGGUCACUAACCCCUUAGAUAGUCGCACAAUCCACAGCCGCAGUCAAUCUAGCCACCAUACUAUCACUCCUCCGUCCAUCCGCUUCCCUCAAGAGUCUUCCUCCUCGACUCGCUCACUACCGUAUCAUCACCCGUAACCUCGCAACGACUCCGAACAGAAUGGGUAAAGAAAGCGUCUGUAUCGUCGGGAGCGGUAACUGGGGCUCGGCGAUAAGCAAGAUCGCAGGCCGUAACAUCCUCAACAACCCUCACCAGUUCGAAAAGAGGUUACCCAUGUGGGUAUUCGAAGAGACCUUGGACGAGAAGAUGGGUGGGGGGAAGUUGACGGACGUGAUCAAUGAGAAGCACGAGAACGUCAAGUAUCUACCCGGAAUUGCUCUUCCUGAGAACGUGGUCGCCGUACCCGACGUCCUCGAGGCGGUCAAGGGCGCUACCUACUUGAUCUUUGUCUUGCCUCAUCAAUUCUUGGGAAAGACGAUCGAACAGCUCAAAGGCCACAUCCAACCGGGUACGAAAGGGUUGACUCUGAUCAAGGGAGUCGACGUGAAGAACGACAAGAUCCAGAUCUACGCCGACUUGAUCGAAAAGGAGCUGGGGAUCAGUUGUAGUUCGCUCUCGGGGGCGAACAUCGCUAACGAAGUCGCUCAGGAAAAGUUCUCCGAGACUACGAUUGGAUACCGGAACGAGGAGGAAGGCAAGGUCUGGAAGUCAAUCCUUGAUUCGGAAAAGUUCAAGGUCAGCUUGAUCGAGGAUGUGGCUGGGGUUUCGCUUUGUGGGGCCUUGAAGAACAUCGUUGCCGUAGCGGCCGGUUUCAUCGAUGGGCUCGAGUGGGGUGAUAACGCCAAGGCCGCCAUCAUGCGAAUUGGACUGGUCGAGAUGAAAAAUUUCGGUCUCGAAUUCUUUGACAAUGUCAAAUCCGCCACUUUCCUGGAAGAGUCGGCCGGUGUGGCCGACUUGAUGACGAGUUGCAUGGGAGGGAGGAACCGAAAGGUUGCCGAAGCAUUUGCUAGGACGGGGAAAUCAUUCGAUGAGCUGGAAAAGGAGUUGCUCGGCGGGCAGAAACUGCAAGGCGCCGCAACGGCCAAGGAGAUCAACAGUUUCCUCAAAUCAAAGAAGCGGGUCGAGGCCUAUCCCUUGUUCAAGGCCGUCUACGAGAUCGCUUACGAGGGGCGGGACGUCGAGUCGAUCGUCACUGGCGUUUCAAAGUCAAAGCUAUGAGCGCGAUGUGAUGAUUUAGUUUGCAGCAUCGAGAGGGAAUAGAAGCAUGAAUAUGGGCAUUUAUCACUAGUCGUCUAAGUUGUUAUCAUGAGAAGAAACCAAAUAUAGAUG